UUAUCGUACGUAUUUCAUUAAAAAAAUCUUUGUAAUUUGUAAUGUAAGGUGUUUUUGCACAGCUGUACUUUAUAAGCUAAAACACGCUUAUACUAAAAUAAUAAGAAGUAAUAAACCUACAUCAAGUUUUUAAAAUUGAAUAACUAUGCCAGUUGCUGAUGAAAUCCAGUCCUCAUGGGCUGAUGAAGUGGAGAUUGAUCAGGGAGCACUGCCACCACCGUCAGAAGUAGUUGAGAAUGGUUUAAAAAUUGUUACUGAAUAUAAAUAUGACAAUGACAAUAAAAAAGUAAAAAUUGUCCGCACAUACAAGAUUGAAAAGCGAGUUGUUUCUAAGAGUAUUGCCAAACGUAAAACCUGGAAUAAAUUUGGUGAUUCAGCAAAUGACAAACCAGGACCCAAUCCAGCUACGACAAAUGUUUCUGAAGAUGUUUUUAUGCAAUUUAUUACAAGCAAAGAAGAAGCACAGCGUCCAGACGAAGGAGGUCUGGAGGCUCUUAAGGCAAGACCAAGUAAAGUACUUGUUAAAUGUCGUACUUGUCAUGGUGAACAUUGGACAACAAGCUGUCCAUUCCAGCAUACAGAGCUUGCUCAAGCUAAAGCUAACGAAGCUGCUAAAGCUGCAGAAGCGAAAGCGGCAUCUUCCUCUAAUAAAUAUGUUGCACCAAACUCUCGAGAUGGUACCGUCCGUGUUACCGGUCGGGAGCCUCCGAGUGCUAGGCGUGAUGACUUGACAGCCAUCCGUAUCUCGAACCUUAGUAACUUCGCAAUUGAAGCCGAUCUUGAUGAUCUGGUUAAAGGAUUUGGACCAGUACACAAGUUGUACCUUGCUAAGGAGAAGAGUACUGGCCAAUGUAAAGGAUUUGCUUAUGUGCAUUUCAAGUUUCGAGCGGAUGCUGCUAAAGCUAUUCAAACUUUGAAUGGAUAUGGUUAUGAUCACUUAAUUUUGAAUGUUGAGUGGUCGAAGCCACCUCAAAAUAACUAAAGAUUUGUAUACUUAAUCAACUUUGUCACACAUUACAGAUUUUUAAAUAAAUUGAAUUUAUCAAUG